UAAUGGAAGGCACUCAUACUAUCCUCCAAUUGCACAAGCCCAUUAUGGAACUCUGUUUCGUCAGCUUCUAUCUCCCAAAGGGAAAAGUCAGAGGAUUUACAUAUAAGGGCUGUGUAACUCUAGACAAAUCCAAUAAAUGUUUUCAUAACUGCUAUCAAGUAAGAGAAGGGUCAGAGAGAGCAGAACCAAGAGAGCAACCUUAUGAAAAUGUUGGAGAUAUUUUUUUCAAGCAAACUACCACUAAAGAUAUUCUCACUGAGCUGUAUAAACUAACUGCUGAAAAAGAGAGGCUGUUAGCUAACCUACUCAGUUCACACAACAUUCUGGGUAUUAAAAUGGGAAAUCAGGAGGGGAAGCUACAGAAUGCCUCUGGAGGACUGAAAUUUAAAAAUGACGAUCUCUUAAGUUUCAAGGAUCAGCAGGAAAUCUUUUUGGGAUUCACAGAUCAGAAACCCAGCUUGACAAACAAAAAGAUGAGGAAAACUGGCAGAAGGAGAGAGAGCUUGGAGGAGUUCAUAAACAAGAAAAUGAAAAAGAAGAUUCACGGCAAUUUGGAACCUUCUGUGUUAAACAGGACAGAUAUGCAACUGGGAAAUAAAAGGACAUUUCCCACCAAAUUUUCUGCUGGCAGCUCUCCUGGUUCCUUUUCCAGUUCUAGUUGGCAGACAGUAGAAGACCAGGAUGAUUUACCAUUUGACAUGAAUAUACCACCAGAAAGAUGGAGAAAAGAUGGAUAUUUUCUUGAGUGCAGUGGGACUUUGAAAUCAGAAACAGACCUGUCUGAUUCUCUAUCCGAAUAUGACAGUAAUGUGUAUGGAAGUUGUAUUACACAUCCCAGUGCUGGUCUAUUGGGUGAUGCAGAGGGUACUCUUAAAGUAAUGAAGGUGGACCACAGCAGCCCUUUGUUAAACUCUUUCCAAGACAGUUUAUCUAACAGAUUUGAGGCCUUAAACAAGGCUGCAGCAGCUGAAAGCCUGCAUGGUUAUGAGUAUACUGAGCAGACCUGUAGUAAGAAACCUACAGUCAGAGCUGUUGCUAAAGUACAGGAUUUGAGAGCGUGUAUGCAGAAAGUUAUAAAAACCCAUACGGAGUCUGAUGAUAACCUUUCUUACACUGAUAUUCAAGAAGAUAAGGAAACUGUUACACCUGUUCUCUCUCAAGUGUGCAGUGAAUUUAUAACAAAAGCUGAGGUAUUCAGUAUAGGGGAAGCUGCUGUUGACUCUAAGUACACUGUGAUGCAGGAAAAGGAAUGCAAUGGCUGUGUUUUGCAGUGCAAAGAAGAGAGACUGCAGAUUACUGAUGAGUCAUGCAACCUUGUGGGAGCAGUCAAUAAAACCCUUCUGAAAAUUAUCCAGAAUGACAGUUUAGAUGAAGCUGCAGAAUGGAAGAGACUGCAACAAAUUACAAGAGCAGACAAAAACCUACCAGGCUCAAUAUAUGACAAAAGAGCCACCGUACCCCAGGAGAGCCACAAAGGUUUGUUUUUAAAUCUGCCAAUACAUUUAAGAACUGAUAUUUCUCAGACAAGCACUAUCAUUAACCCAGAAGAGAAAAGGCCGCUAUCACCCUCUUUAGUUGCUGUCUGUAAUCUUUUUAAUAAUUCAGGAUCCGGUGCACACAAACAAAUGUCACCUAUUCCUUCUCCUUUAUCUUCAAGAUUGCCGAGUCCGCAGCUGCACCAUAGGAUUCUUCCACUACCUACACAGAACAUAGAGGAAGAAUCUGUGUUGAAUGACUAUGGCAGUGGGAGACACAAUGCCACAAACCUCUCCUUUGCUAAUGAUUUGGAAUCACAGUUCUAUCUGAAGUUUCCUGAAUCUGGAGAAUUGGGAUUUUCUAUAAAACAACCAGGCCUACAUCAGCACACAACUGGAGAGCAUUUGGAAAAAUGCACUAUCCAGGAAAAACUAACUACUCAGACGCAGCAGGAGCUAUGUACAGGUAUUCCAGCAGAGACUGCUUUGAAGGAUGACUUCACUGAACAACCAACUAAUAUAGAUGUCACAAACAGAGAUGAAGAUGUCUGGGUUUUGGGCUGCAGGUUGGGACAAUCUGUGCCAUUUGCAGAUUAUAAUGAGGAAGAAAGUGUUGACAGAAAUAUAUUGCACCUGACGCUGGACCUGAAUCCUGACCUGAAUCCCUCAGAGCAAGAUGACAAAACUCCAGGGAAACUCCAGGCUGUCUGGCCACCACCUGAAAUCAAUGAUGGAAAAGAAAAAGUCGGGUUGAAGUACACUGAAGCAGCUAACCUAAAACUUUACAAGGAGGGACCACCAGAGUACCAUGCUGCAAUUUUGCAAUUAAAGAGAGAAAACAAGGAAGAAGUUGAAAACUUAAAGUCUCAGUUUGAACUCCAGAUCUUUCAUAUUCGUGGAGAGCAUGCUGAAUCGAACACAAAGCUUGAGGAAACCAUUGCAAAUCUCAAGAAUGAACUAGAAAACAAAUUAAAUAGAAGAAAUGAGAAAGUAAAGGACGUCUGUGUAUCCACUGAAGAUGAUAACCCACCAAAGACUUACAGAAAUGUAUAUAUACAAACUGACAGAGAAACCUUCAUAAAGCCUAGUAAAGAGGAAAAUAUGCCAGUGAAGAAUAACCAAAUGAUACCUAAAAAGCUUAAUAUUUCUUCUUUAAAUCGUAGUAUUUCUGUCCCAAAUGACGAUAAGGAACCAUGGCACUGCACACAGAUUUCAGAAAGUUUCGCAUCUUGUGAACAGAAACCAAUGUCAGUAGCUGUACUGCCACCACCACCUCCUGUUCCUGAACUUUCACUACCAGCUUUAGUUCCACCACCACCUCCCUUGUUACCAGAUUUGGCAUCUACUCCAUUGACUUCUCAAUUUAGAUCUGGGCCACUGCCACUUCCUUCAGGUUGUGAGAAUCUUCCGCCACCGCCUCCACCACCACCACCCCCAGGUUUGGGGCCUCCUGGUCCACCUCCCCUGCCUGGCUUUGGGCCUCCUCCACCACCACCACCUCCUGGGUUCUUUUUCAAUAGCAUUCUGUCUUCAAACCAAGGUCCUCGAAAGCCUGCCGUUGAACCUAACUGUCCCAUGAAGCCUUUGUACUGGACUAGGAUACAAAUCAAAGACAGCAGUGAAACAUCUAUACUAACUUUAUGGGACUCAUUAGAGGAACCUGACAUAGUUGAUACUAGUGAAUUCGAAUAUUUAUUUUCCAAAGAUGCAGUUCAGAAAAAAAGAAAAUGCUUAUCAGAGUCUUAUGAAAAGAAAACAAAGGCCAAAAAGAUUAUCAAACUGCUGGAUGGAAAGCGAUCUCAAACUGUAGGAAUUUUGAUAUCAAGUUUGCACCUGGAAAUGAGGGAUAUUCAACAAG